UCUCAGCGAAGAAGAAGUACACGGCAAAAACAUGGCGUCUGUUAUGUUGAGAACUAUAGUAAUGAUACACUAACGCGCAUCCCAACGAGAAGAAGUUCACAACGGCGGUGUCGCGGUGCUACGCGGACGGCGGACGGAUAGGGUGAGGACCGGGCCUGGACCGAUGGAAUACGGCGUGACGCGGAGGAGUGUAUCCUCGGAGUCUCGCGGGGCUAGUGUUAGCGGGCAAGAUGGCGAGUGUGCGAGCGCGCUCCUUCCUUCUUUCGGGGAGCCUCUUAUCAAACGGAUGGAGGCUCUUCCAGGCGGCCGCGGUGGCCCUGGAGCAGCGUUGCCCGUCCACGAGAGGCACAUGCCAAAACAGCCCGACAAAUUCCACAUCCCCAAGAAGGAGAAGAAAGCUCUGUUGAAGCAUAUCUCUGGUGAGUCACGAGAGUACGAGGGUGUGAUGACCAUCCUGACCGCUGGCCACGUCGAUGCGACUUCGGUAGGCUGCUUCACUUACAGCUCUCCGAGACUGGUCCACAGUGAACAGCUGGAGAGGGAGUUUGUGGAGAAGAGGAGGGAGAUGAAGGCGGAGGGCCGAACAGACAAGGAGCUGGAGGAGAGUUACUGCUUCCUUUUGACCGAAGAAGGCAAAGUGCAAUGGCUGUGUGAGAAAGGCCUGAUUGUGGGUCAAAACUGGCAGUCAGCGCUGGGAGACCCCAAUAAAGGAGUGUAUUUGUGCAGGUAUUCCGAUUUAAUUCAGGUUCAUCCCUUCCACCACGGCGCCUCCGGCGAGAUCAUUGUCUUCAAAGUCAUGAAGGGGAAAGUCAAGAGCAUCUACGAGAACAUCAAGAACGUGCUGGACCCCACGCCCCGCUUUGACAGCCACCUGUCCAAGAACUUCAGCAAAGUCACCUCCGUCAACUCCUACCGGGCCUUUGAGCACACCCAGCAUUACUUUUACGAAUACGACUUUGAUGAGCUGAAAGAGCGCCCCCGCCAGGUGUGCCCCUAUGCUGUGGUGUCCUACCACUAUAAAGGCAAAGACGCGCCACUUCCCAGCAUGCCUUUGGCCCCUGUCAGGACGAACAGUUGGCCGGGGGAGGCCAGGAAAGAGCCGGCGCACUUCACUGUGUGGAGCGGUGACCUGGUGCAUGACGACAAGAUCCUCUUCCCCAUCUCCUUGCGCUCAUCAUGGCUGCCCUUCCUCCCACACAAAAUACCCGACAGGCUGAAGCUGGGACGCUUGAUGAGGCUGGACAAAGUGACCAAGCUGCUCCCACCUGAGCUCUUCUUCUACAACCUCUAUGACAGCAGCAAGGAAGUUGUGACACAGGGCCAUCACUGCAGCCUGCUGGAGGUGGUGGACAGAUGUCGCUCGAUGAACAGCAUCAGCAGGUUGCUGCAGGAGCUCGAGGACAAGAAUGUGGUUCUGGUAAGCGCAUUGACCGAGCGAGGCUUCCUCUUCCUGCUAUCCAGCGCUCAGAUGGCCACACCGCCUGAGAGAGGGGAGAGUUGGAAGAGACGUCUCCAGGCCUUGUUCGUCUUCCCCGAGAGCAGAGAUGUGGAUAAAUCGGCAUCCAGUUGUGCGUCGUCCGGCGGCGGCUUCGGCAACAGCCCGAUAUCAGGACUGAAGCACUUUAUCCCUGCACUUCAUCACGCCCUCAUCAGGAGCCACGCCAAUCCCUCCUCGGAGCUCUCCACCGGCGUAGAGCUGCAAGCACAAGAGUACUUGGUCGGCCAGAAGGACGGCAAGGUCCGAACAUACGAAAUGCCCGAAUACGACGCCAAAGCCGGCGAGACGGCCACUGCGUAUCCGGCAUCCAAACGCCACCGGCUGAACAUGGACGGCUUUCUGCGCAUGUAUCUUCACAAUCCGGCUCGCUACCAGCUGGCGGUGUCUCACGCCACUAAGAUGGUGGAACUGCACUGUACACGCUUGGAGCCUCCGGCGGUUAAGCCCAGGAAGGGGCGAGAGGGCGCCGGCAGCAACGCCAACAAGCUGCUGGAACUAACGGACUUGGUGAUGACCUGCAAGAGGAAGGCCGAGAAUGAGGUUAAGAGAGAGGAGGUGCGAGAAGACACCAAAACACCGGCAUCGGAGCGAAGGAUGGAGCAGAGGGCAGCCCAGCUGGCACUCAAGUACUUGAAGUCCUUAUACCAGCCAUCCCAAUUGGACAAGAGUGCAGGUGGGCAAGCCCCGGCCCUCCCCGGCUCUCUCGCCUUUCUCAUUCAGUCAGUGGGUCUGAUGGGUGUGGACGUGCAGGACGACGGCUCGGAGCUCGCCGGCAAACUUCGCAAACUGCUAACAGGUCUCAAGCAGACGGCCAGAAACGCGCCGCUGAGAAUCCACAGCGGCAAAUCUUCCGCGGAGGGCCAGGCCGAGUUGUCCCCGUUUGACCGGCUAGCUGCCAAAAUGGGCCUGCCCGCCAACCGUGACAUCGACCUGAGGAAGCAGGACGACCUGGAGGAGCAGAUGACGGGCAGCGUGAGUAGUCUGGAGGGAUUCAGUCUCAGCGGAGAGAGUUACCUGCGAGGAGGAGUAGGAAGCGUGGGGAGGAGAGCGUAUGACGAGGACAUCCCGUGGAGACUCAUCCCCAUAACAGGUCUGUCUUCCGAGAAGUACACGCAGAGGGAACGCAACCUCCCCCAGGACCCCCGCCUCCAUUUCGUCAUGGCACCCGCAGCAGACCAGCCGCCCUCGCUCCGCUCGGUCACGUCCCCCAAGGCCAGCCCGCCCCCGAGCCCCUCACCUAGCCCCGCCCCCGCCCUCUCUCCCGAGCCCAGCCCCCCUGCCUCACCUGCUCGGUGCCCUUCCCCCGAGCUCAGCCCUGCGCCCUGUUCCGAGCCCCGUCGUCAAGCGCCUCUGGAAGCCCGCCGCCCCCCUUCUCCCACCGGGUACCUGUCCCCUCCAUCCGCAGCCCCCCAUUCUCAGUCGUCGCCGUCUCAAGAGCAAAGAAACCAUGUGGACCGCCAGCAGCAGGUUGCGCCCCACUCCUCCGUGGAGUGUGCAGCUGAUGCGUUGAGAGAACCCUCUUGUGAGCCGUUUGCACCAAGCAGCAUGACUGCAGAACGCGUCGCUGAAGGCGGAGACCAUCCGGACUCCUCCGCGUUUGCUUUGGCGAGCACCGCGCCAUCCAGCCUGCAGCAAAGACGAGAAAUGGAGGAAGAAGUGAUGGAGGUGGUCGACUUGACUGUGUCUUCGGAAGAGGAGGAGUGUGCCGUGCUUUCAGUCUCUUUGCCGCCGCCCAAUCCCCUCCGAGGCAUUGACGACAUCCUGGACAAACACCUGGGCCACUUCUCGGCCGACUUGCAUCACCUCUUGCAGGAGGAGAGCAUUAACUGCAGAUUCCCCGAAGCGCGCCCUCACUAUGCCCCCGAGCCGCUGAGCGCCGCCCCCCCGGUGGUGAUGCCCUUUUCCCAGUAUGUGUCUCUGUACCACCCGUGUCCGCCGGUUCAGGGCUAUGUGAGCUCGCUCCAGGAUGGCAUUAGCACUAUGUUGCGGGACUAUGACGACCCCCGGCUGAGAAACGAGCUCGAGUUAGUGCUCGCCAAUUCCGUCAGUGCCUUCGUGUCUAGCAUCAGGGCAGGAACAGAUGAGCCAGGGAGCGAAAACGCAGCAAGCCAAUUAACUGCGACUGGCGGGCAGUUAUCGGACCCGCCGCCUCACAGUGCGCCUCGACCCGUGUCUGUCGGCCCACGCGCUAACCACGAGACCUCCCCCGCUCAGUCCACGCAGCCCAACAGCAUCUCCGCGUCCAGCGUGCCGACAGAAGCGCCGGAGUCUGGCUCAGAAUCCGGUUCGGACCCCCUCACCAUCCCGCCGGCGGAGACGCUCAGCAGCGUCAUCAGGCAACUGAAGCCCGAGGUGCUCAGCAACCUGUACGACAUCAUCAAGGAUGUCCAGAAGAGCCCCAUGGUGCAGUUCUACGUGCAUGCUUUCCAGCUGGACGACCAGCUGGUCAGGAACGUCAAGGAGUACCUCACCCAGCAAGGUCUCACAGAGCAGGAUCCCGUUUCGUUCUUGAAACAAGAAGUCUCAGAUCGCAAACUUCUGGUCAUCAUCAAGAACAAAGACAUAGCGGAGCACAUUCACGAGAUUCCCGGUUUGGUUUCACUGAAGCAGCACCAGUCGGUGAUCUUUCUGGGCAUCGACACGGUGGACGACUUCAAGACCCCCGGGUACAAGCAGCUGUUUGUGUGUGGCGGCUGCAUCUUGUCCGAAGACCUCGUCCUCAAUCCCGACUUGGUCACUCCUGAACAACUGGAAGGCCUCAUGGAGCUUUUGGAGCAGCGCAACUCUCCGGAAAAUGUUUGGAGGUGGAAGAUUCACAGCAAACCCCUCAAGAAGCUGAAAGAGCAAGCCAGGUUCCGGAGAGAUGCCGCCGGGCUGCUGGACGUCAUCCUCAAGCACCACCAGCAGAAGAUCGUGGAGGUCCUGCCGCAGCAUCACUGUGACAACAGCAAACAGCCGUCGCCUGACCUCCACUGUCUCAUCCAACAUCAGGCCCACAACACCCGCUUCAGACACACCGUUUUCCUCAGAGUGCAUAUCUUGGACUUCAUGCGGUUCUCCAAGAGCGGCAUCAUCACGGCCGCCGUGGACGAGAUGUUGAAUAAUUUCGAUGCACUGCUCGGCCACCGCGACGACAGCAACAAGCAGAGCAUCGUGAAGGACCUGCACACGGCCAAAGGAGUCGCGGGGAAGCUGAGCGGCGAAGACAACAUGAACGGCGGCACCGUGGAGCAGCAGUCUCCUCAGACCGUCCCGAGCCUCGCUUACGCCUCGGAGCAGCAAAAUCCGCAGACCACCCUCGGGGAAAAUGACGCUCACAUAUUGCACAUGGCCAUCACGCAUCUACGAGCGCAGAGGAACCAACAACAGGCUUCUGACACUGAAAACAAAGUCUCGUCGGCUGGAGCAACAGUACCGCCGGCCAAUGAGAACACACUUGUAGACUCUACCAAUGACAGGCGAGAGGAGGUGGAGCCUUCAAGUUCAAAAAAAGAAGCAGACAGCAUCUCCUCUCCAAUUGCCUGCCCUCUGGAGGGCGAGGCAAGCAGAUGCACGAAGUCUAAUAAGAACCAGUCACCAAAGCGAGACGUGGACUUGCGCCCCCACCAGAGUCCGUCCCGUGCCCCUUCCAAUUUCGUCCAACAACACCAACGAUGGAGGGGCGCCAGCCACUACCAGAAUCAUCAGUACCAAAACCAUCAGUAUCAGAACCACCGGUACCCGAAUCAGCAGCACCCUCAACACUACAAUUUUUAUUCAGACCCAAGCAGGAACCCCGUGUGGGGCUUUCCGAGACAACAGGUGGGACAACGCUUUGCAGGGGGGUACGACGGUUAUUGGAACUGGCCGCGAGGAGGAGAGCGAGGGCGUUUUAAUGGCAUGUAGAACCCCUGUUACCGAGCUACCUAUAUGUCAUCACCUUGGCAAUUAACAAUCUCGACAGGUGUUGACCUGUUCAGACUGUAGAGGGCGCUGUUGCGAGGAGAGGCCCGGUGCGCAAGUGGAUCUUAAAAUUAUUCUUUUUACCCGAAAGUCACUGGUUUUCAUCACAACGCGUCGGCGGCUCUGACACGUUGAAUUCCGCAGGCUCUUUGUGAAUUUUCUUUCCAUACAUUGUUUAAAAAAAAAGGUUGUCGUCAUUUCUUCUUCUAGGAUGAUGCUAAUGCAGAGAUGUUCACGGAGAAAAAAAACUACAGAUGAAACGUUUUGAAUGGACCUUCACAAGGACUGUAAAUUGUAUGUUUAAAAAAUGUUUUUGUCCCUAAGAGUUUUUUUUGAAAGGUGAUUUUAACUUGUUUGU